AUGCGACCCCGGCCCGAGUGCAAGUGUGUGCAGGUGUGCGCGAUGCGACCCCGGCCCGAGUGCAAGUGUCUGCAGGUGUGCGCGAUGCGACCCCGGCCCGAGUGCAAGUGUCUGCAGGUGUGCGCGAUGUCGCGGGACAUGCUGGGCUCGGGCCGCGGUCGGCCGGCGCCGCCCCCAGCCGCCGCCGCCGCCGCCGCCGCCUACCCCACGACGGAGAAGGGCGCGCGGCGGCCCAAGUGCGCGCGCUGCCGCAACCACGGCAUGAUCAGCUGGCUCAAGGGCCACAAGCGCCAGUGCCGCUUCAAGAGCUGCGUGUGCGCCAAGUGCAACCUGAUCGCCGAGCGGCAGCGCGUCAUGGCUGCGCAGGUGGCGCUGAAGAGGCAGCAGGCGCAGGAGGACGCCAUAGCGCUGCGGCUGGAGGCGGUGCGCACCGGCGCGCAGUACGGCUACCUGCCGCCAGGGCCCAUCUACGGCAUGACCAUCACCGGGCCCGAAGACUCGCGGCGGAGGGAGGAGGCCGCCGCCAGGUCGCCGUCGCCCGAGCCGGCGGCAGACCAGGACCAGGACCAGGACAAGGAGGAGGACAAGGACAAGGAGGAGAACAAGGAGGACAAGGACAAGGAGGAGCGCGCGCGGCCGCCGCCGGCCUCGCUGGAGGUGCUGGUGCGCCUGUUCCCCGACAAGAAGCGCUCCGUGCUGGAGCUGGUGCUGCGGCGCUGCGGCGACGACCUGCGGCGCGCCAUCGAGCAGAUGGUGCCGCGCGACUCCGAGCUGCCGCCGCUCGCCGCCAGGUCGGCCUUCAAGCCCGUGUCCCCGGCCGGCGGUCCCCCGGCGCCCGCCUUCGACGUGGCCGCCCCCGGCAAGGCGCCGCCCCUCGCCGCCGCCGCCAUGUCCUCCCUGCUGGCGCUGCAGGGCUACCACGCCGCCGCCGCCGCCGCCAAGUUCCUGUGCCCGCCGCCGCCGCACCUGCACCCCUCGCUCGCCUUCCCGCCGUCGCUGCUGCUGCGCCACGAGCACGCCGCCCCCGUCUUCCUGGGGCCGUACCGCGCGUGCCCGCCGCCCGCCGCCGGCGCCGGCUUCUGCGCCGAGUGCUCGUCCGCCGCCCCCGGCUCGGCGGAGCGCGGCGCCUUCGCCAGCUAG